AUGUACCAAACAUCAACCAUCUUCAAAUGCGUCAAAAACCUCCUGAAUUUCAGGAAUGAGGGUGAGCCCCACCAGCUGCUGAGGUACUUUAACCCCAGAGAGUGCUGGGAUGAUGUCAUUGAUGUGACAACACCACUAAUGGAAUUGGUCAGCAUUCUGGAUGCUGCUGCUGGAGCUGUUGUCAGGUUUAGAUUGGGCGGGAGCAAUUUUCCCCCAAACAUCUAUUACAAGAUCUUCACCUACCGGCCCAUUGUGUACAUCUGUGCCAGAAACCCCAGGGUCUAUUCCUGCCCAUUUCUGAAGACCGCCCUCCCCCAGAACAUCCACAACCACUGCUCUAUCACCAACGAUGGCUACAUUGGAUGGUACAAUGAUGUGACUGCACAGGCCUGUACAAAGCAGCCAGACACAGUGCUGCUGGUGCAGGAAGGCUCAUGGGGCAUGAUGGCUGUUGCAGAGCAACAGGAGUUGAAACAUAUUGUGGAGUGGGAGGUUGAUGAGCUGCUGGAACGGACCAACGCACUUAAUUACAAGGAUUACCUCAGUGAAUGGAGGCAUUUGGCAACAAGCAAGUCAUCUGAGGCAUGUAUAGGUAAAACAACAUGGAGUUACUUCAUGAACUUCAUCAGUGACCUCAAGUCUACUGCAUCACACAUUAAGUAUUAA